UCCACCCACCUUCUCCAGCCGUCGGUCUCUUCGCGCAAAGGUCAAAAAGACUAAUUCCAUUCUCAUCGACAGAUCUAGUUCCAUCGCCAGAUCUGCGAUCAAGCGAUCUCAAUUCUCAUCGACAGAUCUAGUUCCACCGCCAGAUCCACUAGAUCGCGCUCCGACGUUGGCAGGUUGGGACGAUGCACGACUUCUGCUUCACGAUACCCUACGGGCUCCUGGUCCUCGUCGGCGGAGUCAUCGGCUAUGUGCGGCGGGGGAGUACGGCGUCGCUGGCCGGAGGAGCGGGCUCCGGACUCGUCCUUCUCAUCGCCGGAUUCAUCAGCCUCAAGGCGUUCGAGAAGCGGCAGAACUCGUACUUCGCCUUGGGCCUCGAGACUGUUUGCUCCCUUACCCUCACAUAUGUCAUGGGAACAAGAUACUUAGAGACUUCCAAGAUAAUGCCUGCUGGAUUAGUUGCUGCUCUUAGUGCAUUGAUGUCUCUGUUUUAUCUGUACAAGAUGGCAACUGGAGCAAAUCAUAUUCCACCCAAAGCUGAAUGAACAUGACCAUAAAAAUCCAGAAAGCAUUUAGCAGGUUCACAUUGAUCAUAAUCUGACAUUAUUUAUGCAGGUGCUGUUAUAUUCCAAACACUAUGAGCUAUGUUUUGUUUUGGCAAACUGUAUGUGUUAUCUUGUUUGGCGGAACUUGCUCAAUUUGUGACGACAUUUUCACAAAGGAUCUCAACCAAAGGAGAUGUGUUGCUUUGUAUCACUA